CCGCAGCCACCGCUCGCAGCGCCGCACCGCGCAUCGCGCAGCCGUCGGUCGUCGAGUCGUCAGUCAGUCAGUGCCAGUCGAGAGCGAGGAGCGAACGCGCCUGUCGAGCCGUUGCUGCUGCGGUCGUGCCCUGGAACUACGCUGUGUGCGCGCGUGUGGAGUGAACCCAGACUCCGAGAGUGAGCGUUCGUCCGACGGAUUGACAGGCGCAAGUUGAAGGUGUAAAAAUGCCUUCCAAGCUGGAACUGCCCCGCGUGCAGGAUGGGUGCUGCUGCUGCUCCCUAGAGUCCUGCUCCUACGUGCAAGGCUACUUCGUGCUCCUAUACAACGUCGCCGCUGCGAUCCUUUCCAUCCUGGGCGCCUACCAGGCGGCGGCCCGCAGUUCUGAGAGAGAGGAGUCUCGUGACUGGGCCGUAAUCGUCUACUCAGCAAUGGCGUCAUUUUCGAUUUUGGCGGCUUUUUCUACGGUUGCCUUUCUGCGUGGUAUUUUUAAGAAGCAGCCUGGUCUCUUGGUGUAUUACAUCAAAAGUCUCGGCGUACACCUGCUACUGACUGCCUUCACUAUGGUCUGGGCCUUCUCGGAUCCCAGCCCCCGGUUCCCACUACUCAUUCAUGACUUCUUAAAAUUAAUCUUCUUCUCCUACUUGCUCGUUUGUGCUAACUCACUGUACAAAGAAAUGCUGGACCACCACACUUCUGUCACCAAUUCGGAGCUGGAGGCCGAAUGUCACAGGACUCCUACUGCUCCCUCUGGACCUCCACCACCUUAUGGAAAAGCUUGAUCCGUGAAGUCUGCAAGUAAAGGGCUCCAUUUUAGGGAAUAAUCCACAUACCAAGGAAAAGACGUGCGUUUUGUACCUGGACACUCGAAAUGGUUGCUUACCCACCGAUCGUAACUACUUAAUUUCCCUAGCGAAGACACAUUCCAUGGAGAUGCACAACCUAGUUUCUUCAACGGAAAGGUUUUAAAAACGUCCAGAGAUGAAGGUUUCCAUCUCGACUAGACGUCUUUGAAACGUUCUCGUUUAGCGAACUAAGUUGUGUCUUCUGUUUCUUGCAAAAAAAAAACAGGGAAGAGGGGAGGGGGGGGGGCGUUAUUGUGAUAAGGCAUGGACAAAAAAUCUUCGCGCUUAAUGGGGUUAAACACCUUUGUCUCCACUAUUUAGAGGUACGUUUUAUACCACCUCCAUUCCAGGCAGAUAACUAUAUAGCAUUGAAGGCGAGUCUUAACAUGCUACUUUCCAUGUUAUACAACAUUUUUCUCUGGUGUAACUGCCGAAUGAGGUCCCCGUCGACGUUACAAUACUGUCUUCUUUAGUGAAAAUUUAUCCCAACAGCCUUUUAUUAAUAGUUGUACCGUUGACAUGUCCUGCAACAGUUUUGUACUAAAACUUGUUUGUUAUGGAUCUGAAAAUGGUGGUGUUUUUGAGAUGUUUAUAGAUGCCUUGACUUUUGUAUCGGCUAUUACAAUAAAUGUUUAUUUACGUCUAA